CGCUAGAUAUCGCCCAAAGAUAGCGAAAUUGGACGGUUUUACGGGGAAAAAGCGUAGAAAACGCUAAAAAUGGCAAAAAGGGGGACAUUGGAUGAUCGCUUGUCCUCGGAACGCCGACCUCGACAACCUUUGCUGACGAUGACACUACUUUGUUAGGACAUAUUGGGAUCUGUGGUUACAUCGAAGCAUCUUUCAUCAUAUCAAUUUGAAGACACACACACACAUACACGCACUUACCACACCAUGUCCUCGCUCAAACAAUCCCCUCCGUUCAAGGCAGAACACAUCGGAUCCCUCCUCCGCCCCUACGAACUCAUCAACCAACGAUACCUCGUCGCCGACAAACAAGCCUCACCGGAGUCCUUGCUCCCGAUCGAACAGGCUUCCAUAAGGGACAUUGUCAAGCUGCAACAGGAAUGCGGGUUCCACGCGGUCACGAAUGGAGAGCAUUCGAGGCAUCAGUUUUGGGGGACUUUUUUUGAGACCCUGGAUGGGAUGGAAGAGGUCAAUUUGAGGGAGGGGGGGUAUGAUACGAGUAUCUUUAGGAUGUACGCUCCGGACGUAAACACCUUCAUCCAAGAAAAACACAUCCCCAACCAAGUCUGCCUCGCGACCUCGAAAGUCUCGCAUAAGGGGAGGUCGACGUUGGUGCCAGAGUAUUUGUUUUUGAGAUCGGUCCUCUCCUCCUCCGACUCUUCCUUCUCCGAUAACUCCACCUCCGAUAACUCCGAAAUCAAGGGAAACGACACCUCCAAGGCGUUCGAUAUCAAGCUCACCCUCCCCAGCCCCUCGUGGUACCACCUCCGCUACGCCCCCUCCCGCGCUUACGCCCCCGGUGUCUAUGAGAACGACGACGAGUAUUUCAAAGAUGUUGCAAAGGCGUAUCAGAAGGAAUUGGGGUUGCUUUAUGAGAAGGGGGUGAGGAAUGUUCAGGUGGAUGAUCCUAAUUUGGCUUACUUUUGUUCGGAAGAAAUGUUAAAAGGUUGGGCAGAGGAUGAAUCGAACACGUUGUCCGCGGACGAACAGUUUGAUCGGUACUUGAGGUUUUAUAACGAGUGUUUCAAGCGCCCGGCCGAUAUGCACCUAGGGAUUCAUCUCUGCCGAGGCAACUACAUGGGAUCCCGUCAUUUCUCUUCAGGAGCGUACGACAAGAUCGCUCUCUCCCUCUUUACCCACUUGGACGCCGACACGUUUUACUUGGAAUACGAUACCCCGCGAGCCGGGGGUUUUGAGCCCCUGCAGUAUUUGCCGGAGGGGAAGAAUGUGGUUUUGGGGGUCGUUACUAGCAAGUUCCCAGAGUUGGAAGAUCAGAAGGAGAUGGUAGAGAGGAUUUAUAGCGCGGCGGACGAGGUGGUCAAGGGACGAGGUGGGCGGUGCACGAGGGAGGACGCGUUGAAGCAGCUGAGCGUCAGUCCGCAAUGCGGGUUCGCCAGUCAUGCAGAGGGCAACUCGUUGACUCGAGAAGACAUGAUCAACAAGCUCAAGCUCGUCCGGGCCAUCGCCGACGAGGUCUGGCCGGGACAGGCAUAGAGAAACUGUUGACCGCUGUCAUGAUCGGGUGUUCGCUAUCUCUCGGGCUGUUGGCGAUAUAAUGAGGUUCUCAAUGCGGUAUUAAUCAGG